AUGAUAACACACGGUAAAACAUCGCAAAGGUUGGAGCGCCUAGAUCGGCCAAAUUCGCCUCGAACAGCGGUGUUGCCUGCACUAGCACUGUCCACUGCUGCAGUUUCGAAGAAAAGUCACAUACCUGCAGCUGCUAUCAAGAUCAUCUCCAGAAUCAGAAGCGCGCCAGACAUCGGAAUCAGUGGAUCCCAUGAAUGCGGCAGAAGGUCUCAUUCGAACCGUGAUUCGUUUGAUCCAAAAAACUACCAGCGGAAUGAAUGUAAUAAAGAAGGACAGACAAGUUUUCAGCAAAUGAGGCGUAUGGAAGCAAGGAACCUUCAGGAUGAGCAACAGCAGUCUAAUUUGCCUAUACUAAAGUUUCCAGUCCUAGUGAGUCUUUUGCGAAAACAAGCACAGGAAGGUACCUCUGCAGCACAGGCUGCACUAAUUCCCACCGAGUCGCACUAUGCUCCAAUAGUUUCUUUGCAUUCGGAUCAGCAGCAACAAGCCUCAAAGCUUGCCUUCUCUUUUUCUGAACCAGUGAUGAUAUUUCCUUGCUCAGGUAGGAUAACACAGGGGAACCCAGAAGAAACACGACCCACUGCUCACAGUUCUGGACAGUUUUUUCACCAAAAUUCAGAAAAUACUCGAUCGCAGAACGGAAAUUCACUGCCCCGUGAGAUUUUAAAAGCCUGCAUCGUCCAUCGCAUGAAAAAAAUGAAUGAUACAAAUCCAUCGACAGAGCAGCUCCUGAGUGUUAAGUCAAAACCAUGUCAGUAUCCUCAAAUUCCACGUUCCGAAUUAGAAAAGCAAACAAAUUUGUUAGCGAAUUCACCAGCUUCAGCCGAUUUCUGCACAAGAUGUUCAGCCAUACAACCAAUAGAUGAUCCUCUUGCAAUUUCACGAAAUCUGCCUGUACAGUGUACUGGAGCUUUUGCUGACAGUGGUGUCGGGUGCGUAUCACAUGAGGAAGCGUAUGCAACAUCAGUAUUAUCGGAAAUGGAGGCGGAUUUAUUGGAUUGGGUAAUCUCGAGCACUUUGCAGAGAGAAAAGCCUAAUUCGAGACAAGUAUCAGUGAAAACGAAAGAGAUGGGGAGCGCUGGAAGCAGACAAGCUACUCCAGAUCUGAGAACAAUUAAACAGUCUGAAUACCAACUGGAAACAGCUAAAACUGAUUUAGAGAAUGCUGCAGGACAUCCUUCAUUUGCUUCUCACCAGGAUGUUGUGGUGGAACCGGAAGUCCUGACAGCUUAUGAUCUCGACAACGCAAUGAACUGCGCUGAUUCGAACGAGUUUCAGGAAGAUGCUGACUGGUAUGUGAAUGUUAUCUUUGAAACCUUUCCUGGCCUAAGGAAUAGCGCUUCAAAUUCGGAAAAUACAUCAUCCAGGGAAAAAUUCACUGUGAUGACGGAUCGAAAAAAGAAAAUCGAAGGCGAAAACUCAAGACCAAAAAGGGUUAAGAUGCAGCAUAUAUCCUCGCAGAUUAUGCCGCCCGAAAAUGCGACAUUUCUGCAAAGCGUGUUUGGAUAUCCGGAAGGAGUUAGCAAUAUCAAUAUCCAGCGUCAACAGCACAUGUGGGAGUAG